AUGUCGUGUGAGCCUGCCACCGCACCCCUCCCCGUCUCGCUCCUGCAUGUGCAGAGAGUGGUAGACCCGGAGAAUUACGGCACGCUGGAGAUGCUGAUGAAGCAGAUCCAUCACCUCCUCUCGCAGCGCAGGGACAACACCGAUGAUUUCGCACAGCGCGUCGCCUUCUACGGGUUCGGGGAUGAUGCGUUCCGUGUGUCCUUUUACCGGUUGCUGCAGACCUGCUUCUUCCCCGAGUGGCACUGGUCGUCGGAGACGGGGCAGGACCGAUGGGAGAUGCUCGUGAGCUUCAAGGGUAAGAUGCAGAUCCCCGUGAGCAUGGUGGAGCGCCUCUGUGCGCUCUGCCGGAAUGACAUCACCUGCGAUGCCUUUGAGAAGGGGGUGACGGACUCCCUCGUCACCUUUGUGCAGCGCAUAGACAGGGGCAAGCGGCAGAUAGGGUGGAUGCGGAACCGCCUCAGGGUGGCCUGCAUGAAGCACUACGAGAAGAUGCUGCAGCGCGAGCAGAUGGAGAGGGUGCAGCAGGAGACGGGCAUGCAGUUCACAAGCGGUAACAUGCUUCAUUGCUUCCACGAGUGGAGAAACAGCAUGAUCGAGAUACGCAACCACCAGGAGGCCAUCCGAAACCUGCUCCUGAGGCAGGAUGCGGCGAGGGACAGCUUCCACGAGCUCCUCAUCGCCGUGGAGAACCAGAAUCGGAUCUUGAGGGGCCAGUUGCAUCUCCUCACCGCCAUACGGGAGAGGAAUCAGGGUGCGUUGGAGAAUGACCUCGAGGAGAGCUAUCUGAACAUCGUGCAGGAUGCCACCAGCGUCAUGCAAUAUGUCACCACCCGGCAGAAUUACAACUUUGACAUCCCAAUCGCCAUGCAGCCCAAGGCCCUGCCACCCAUCAUGGAGGUGGAGAUGAGCGACAUCCCGCCGGAAGAGGUGCUCGGGGAGACGUUGGAGAGGGCCUGCAGGAACGGCUCCUGCGGGUGUAUCGGGAGGGUGUCCUGGUAUGUAUCGAAGAAGAGCAUCGCGUGA